GGGAGGUGAAACCGUGUUCGCGGGGAUCGGCGGCGAAGGGCUCGCUCCUCGCUCGCUCGCUGAAGGAAAACAAGUUCGUCAAAGUUCGCGGAAUAACGGCCAUACGGUUCUCGUAAUAGUCGAGCGAGAUCUCGCGGAUCUUCCACUCAGUCACUACCUUCCUUCCCUCGCCAAUCUGGUACGUUCUUGUUUAAUCGUUUGACGUCUGAUUGAUUCCCGACUCGAUUUGACGUACGCGAGAGAAACCGUCGACGGAGAAUGUCGAGCGCGGAAAGACGCGAGUGUAGAUAGGAUUCGCGAACGCAAAUACCCGGAGGGCAAUCAAUUCUGUGUAAUUCUGUAUGCUUGCGUAGAUGUAUACAUACAUGCGUAUGUGUCUGUAUUGUUCAUUGAAACGUCGUCGUUAGCGAUCGCCAGCUGAGAUCACGACCGACUUUGGGAAUCUCGCGUGGCGUUCGAAAUCUGAAGUGAAGCGUGAUUUAUCGGGGACUUUGAGGAUUGGCCGAUCGAGGUGCUCGCUGUCAGCUCUGCCUGCCUUGCCGCGUGAAAGGAGAGACAGCGCGGAAGUCCAGCAAGGGCACAUCGAGCGUAUGCUGCAAUAUCUGGAGUGGACCUUGCGAAUGGGGACACGGGUUGACGUAUGAAUGUAGUCACAGGGACACGCGCCUCGUUCGUAAAUAUUUCGGACAAGAUGUCAACGACCACCGAUGUCAGUGACUUGGUGGAUGUCCCCAAGGAAGGAACGCCAAUCUUUUUGCAAACGCGCGCGGCCCAAGUCAUCGCUGGUAUAUUCGUGUGGAUAGCGCUUUUCCUUACUUGCCAACAGAUUUAUCAGCAUCUAAGGUGGUACACAAAUCCCACCGAGCAGAGAUGGAUAGUGCGAAUUCUCUUCAUCGUGCCCAUCUAUGCCAUAUAUUCCUGGGUCUCGCUACUGUUCUUCAACAGCGAAAGCUACUAUGUUUAUUUCUUCACGGUGCGAGAUUGUUACGAGGCGUUUGUUAUAUAUAACUUUCUAUCGCUGUGCUACGAGUACCUAGGUGGUGAAGGCAACAUUAUGUCAGAAAUUAGAGGCAAACCGAUACGUUCCAAUUGUCUCUAUGGCACUUGUUGUCUCGUCGGCAAGACAUACACCAUCGGCUUUCUGAGAUUCUGCAAACAAGCCACCCUACAGUUUUGCUUAAUUAAACCGGUGAUGGCGUUUGUCAUUAUAUUUUUGCAAGCCUUUGGCCAUUACAGAGACGGAGAUUGGUCCCCUGAUGGUGGUUAUAUUUACAUCACUAUAAUUUAUAACAUCAGUGUAUCACUUGCGCUUUAUGGGCUAUUUCUAUUUUAUUUCGCUACAAGAGACCUGCUGACACCGUUUGAGCCAGUGCUCAAGUUUUGCACGGUGAAGAGUGUAAUUUUCCUGUCAUUCUGGCAAGGUGUUUUACUAGCUAUUUUGGAAAAAGCAAAUGUUAUUUCACCCGUUAUAAAUAGUUUGGGUCAGUCGACAAGCGCUGGUACAGUCUCUGCUGGCUACCAAAAUUUCCUGAUUUGUAUCGAAAUGCUAUUUGCUGCUAUAGCUUUACGUUACGCAUUCCCGUAUCAAAUAUACGCAGCUGGCUGUGUUACUGAUUCCAGGGGUAGAAGCGUAACGAUGCAAAGUAUCAGUAGUAGUCUAAAGGAAACGAUGAAUCCAAAAGAUAUUAUGACCGAUGCCAUCCAUAAUUUCCAUCCACAAUAUCAACAGUAUACGCAAUAUAGUGCCGGAGGCCCGAAAGGACAACGUGGUAUGCGAGUAUCCAGCUUCGAUCCGGACGAUCCGCAAAAUAUGCCGGUACCACCGCCGCAAAGGCGAAACGCUUCUCAUCAGCGCGUCGCCACGAUUUCGCAAAACUAUAACGAGAAAACAAUGUUGCUGAGUAGCGACGAUGAAUUUCAAUAAGGCAUAUGUGAUUUAAGUUCGACUCUCGUACCAAUCAACGUUGCAUUACAAUGCGCGGGACUUCCAUAAACUUUUAGAGAAUCUGCUUUUGGAGAAGAAGAAAAAAAGGAUAUGCUUUAAGCGAAGCGAAUUUAAUCAAGUAGGAACGUAAGGUUUACAGAAAACAAACGGGCUGAGAUUAAAAAAAAAAAAAAAAGAGGAGACGAAAGAAUAAAAAAAAAUUAAAAUCGCGCGGGGAUGUAAGAACGUAUUACGCCGCACACAGUAAUAGAGUUCCAUAAUGUUACAUCCAUGUUAAUAUAUGUAUUAUGUUAUGACAUAUGAGUAAAUGGUAUAUAGAAGAUAUUUAUUUUACUAUGCUGAUGUAUCUGAGGCAAUGUGUUAUCUAUAUACCUGUGGCUCUAUACUACGAUACUGUAAAGGAUAUAUUAUCUGCACGAUAAAACUUACAUCUUGUGAAUAAGCAAAUGUAAUUGUGUAUAGUACUUAAUUUUAUGUAAAAUCACAUUUUUUCAUUAUAAUUGUUCAUGAUACAUCUAUAUGUAAGUGUCGACGCUUCUUUAUACUUUUGUAUCCUUUUUUUUAUUUACGUAAUGCGUUUAACAAAUUUUGACUUUUUUGUAAUCUCGCAUUUGUACAAGAAGCCUCGAGCCACACAAAAAUCUUUGCGUCCUUGUCCUGUGAAAUUCCUUUUUUGAUCUUACGAUAUUCUCGUACGUGUAUAUAUCAUUAAAAUAGAUUAUAUCUAAAAAUGCAAAAAAGUUGACGAGUUUUCUUUCAAUGGAAGCCUUUCGAGAUACAAGAAAAAGAGAUAAUAAUACUAUAUGUGAGAGAAAGUGCAAAGACAAUUAACGGGUAUCGUAUCGAGCAUGAAUAAACAUUUGGUAUUUGGUGUCUUAAAUGUGUACACAAAUUGUGUAUAAUCCUUAUAUUUUUUUUAAAGAAUAACAGACGAUCAAAGUUAAGAAACAAAAAUCUAUUUUAUACCAAAAACACUGUGUCGAAAAGAUUUUGUCGCCGCUUAAAAAGAAAGAGAACAAGUAAAUCUGUGAAGAAAUUUUAUCGUCUUAUUACAUCUUGUAAUAAAGAUGAAAGACAAUUAUAUGAAUACAACAUUAUUUAUUUACAAGUAA